CCUUCUGUUGCCUUUUGCCGACCUUGCCUGAACAUGUCUGGAAGCUCUCCCAGACCUGCCAGUGUGUGAGGAAUUGCUCCCCAAAACACUCAAUUUGCGUCCCACAUCAACACGGUAUUUUAGAAAGUAUCGUCACUGACGCAUUCUUUGAGAUACAAUGGACCUAGCUGAUGUGCCAGAAGAUAGGAUCGAGCUUGAAAGAGGGACAACAGGACUAGGUUUCAAUAUAAAAGGUGGGAGGGACCAGCCACAUGUGCCACGUGACCCAGGCAUCUUUGUGACCAAGAUCCGAGAUGAUGGAGCGGCGGCAAAGGAUGGGCGGCUACAGAAGGGGGACAAGAUAUUGGAGAUAAAUGACAAGGAUGUGCGGAAUGUGCCCCACCAGGAUGCAGUCAAUGAGUUUGUGAACUCUGGUGAGAAAGUCGUGCUGGUUGUGCAGCAUGGCGCUGAAGAUAUACUGAGGGAAAAGUACGCCAUAUCUGAAGCAGCGAAGAAACCCCUCGUCCCGGAGGGCACAUCCUGGAAGUGGGUGGCUGUAGUCGGCGCUGGACUGGCUGCAAUAGGGGCAAUAUAUUUCGUCAUCAAGUACCGCAAACACUGAGGAAAAGCUAGAAUGGGGGGAAAAUUGUAGGCAAUGCUUUCCCUGUUUUACAGAUGCACAUUUCCAACUCACAUACACCGUCUGAUCAGAUUUCAUUUGUUUUAGGUGGAUUUGAAUAUUUGGAAACUACAGGUUCAAAUUGUCAGGUAAUCAAAAAAGGCUUUGAAUUAGAAUGUAAUGUACAUGUAAAUAUUUGUAAUUACAGGCCAAAAGGAUGAAUUUCUGGGUCAAGAGCUUGUAAUGCAUAACAUGUUGCCCAGCGCUUUGACUGAAACUGACUUGGGGAUGAAAGAAACGAAGCAAAAUUUACUUUUGCUUUUUUUAUUUUUUUCUCAGUGUGUAUUCCUACUCUAAGGUGUUCAAAUUUUGACGGUAAACCGACGGCGAGUUUGCGAUGGAUUCCAGAAUUAUAAAAUUAUAAUGUGUAAAUUAUUUUGUUUUUAUGUUCAAGUUGAAGUUUGAAUGAAUGUAGGCUCGGCUAGUGAUGUGCACAGAAAUUGGAUGAAAAUUCCUCAUAAGAUUAAAAAAAAACCACGUAGGGUGUAGUCAUUGUGGUGUUCUACCCCUAACGUCUUCGCUGCGUUCUGAUAGCGUCGUGUGUUGCUUGGUACUGUCACCAAUGUUUGUCAGUUGGUGCACCUGGCAUUUCUUCAGCACUACUUCCCCACAGUGUCAUGUACAAGGACAUGUAGUGAAAGUCAUUCAUGAUAUAAUGCCACGUUGGAACAGUCUAAAUUAACAGCUGUGGUUGACUGAUGUGCAAACGUGAGUUCAUAGCAGUUCUGGGUGGGUUCUCUUACUAUGGAAGGCUAAGGUCUGUGACUGCAUAGUUGCUAGGUCCCUAAUUUUGCCACCUACCAUUAUAUCACAGUAAGCGGCGAAAUAAGGGACCUGGCAACUAUAUGGUCACAGACAGUAGUCCUUCUGUGUAUCACUGAUUAUUGUUAUACAUUGUAUUAAUUAGUAAUUUUGAGUUUCACCAAACAGUACAUGUAUACGUUUGAAUGCAUGAAUAGAAAUAAACAUAUCAUUGACAUUGCAGGGACCCCAGAACUACAUGUGAAUAUGUUCAUUUCCAAUGUCAACUCCUUUUCCAAAUCACCGAUCUGUUCUCAAAAACUGAAAACAUACCGGUGAUCAACAAUGCCCCAUCCUCUACUGUGUCUGGUGGAUGACAUGUUUAGUUUCAUAUGUUAAAUCGUACUGGCCCAUACCUACAUGUACAUGCAUGAAUCUGAUAAGAAAAAUAAGAUAACCAGUAGGAUUACAAAAGGAGAUGUGCAAACAAGAUCUUGAAGCAGAGUAAAUCACUAACUAAAAUGCUACACUGUGCGUUAUUGGUUGCUUGGUUUCUAGUAACCAUUGUAUUGCUCACCCUGCUACGAUGUUAAAGUUUUGCCCUGUUUUGUAGGGUUGUAUGGCCACACCCCCCCACCUACCUCCAUUUUCAGUUUUAUUCGAUGUCAUGACUGCAUGCUUUACUGGUUGAACAACUAAGGGUAAAGCAGUGUAACUUGGAUGUUACGAUAUUCAAGUGUGUUAUGUAACAUGGAAAAGAAAGGCUUCAUGCUCGACUGUUAUUCAUCAUAUAUCAGAUAUUUACUUUGCAAAACCCAAAUUAGGAUGCCCCGUACCCAUUAGAUUUUCCCUGUUUUAGUUUUCUGCAGCAUUUUGUGGCGUCUCCUCUUUGCCAGUGGAAGGUCUUCUUUUGUUAUACUUUUUGCAGAAUUCUCAGAGACAGGUGACUUUAAAAGUCGUUUAACACUUUUUUCUAUGUUUUGAUUGGACUGUUAUAAUGAAAGUGUUGUUCUAGUUUAUCUAGACUUCAGUGCAGAGAUUGAAAUUUUAGAUCUGAUGAUUUAGAGUGAAAGAGCACUGAGGUAUGUAUGAGAGUGUAAAGUUGGAGAAAAUUUAAAUUUCGAACACCAACCACCGAUACCUGCAUCAUUUUUCUCAUUUCGGCAAAACAACUGGUGGGUAUCUUGGCCGAGUGGUUACGCUUGCGGUUAUCAGAUUGUCAGACGGUGGGUUUGAAUCCCAGAAGUGACUUUUUAUUUUCCCGACGCUUGCUGAUAGACAGUUUAAACUCUGUUUACAUGUACAUGUAUGUUGUGUCUUAGAUAAUCCAGAGAUUUUUUUUCCUUUAAAAAUGAUUGUUUUGAAGUCUGGGAGUGGUUUGUAUGAAGUGGGAUGUACAGCUAGAAUGUAUUCUCGGUUUGGUUUUGAUGCAUUCAUUUAUAACUUUGGCCUUCCUUGAGGACUCCUCAUAGUCGAAAAAAAGAGAAGAUUUUUUAUCCAUAAUCCAUUUGUGUAUGCUACUGUGUGCACAUUUUUCAUCAUACAUGUAAUUGAUCCGUCAAGGUAGAAUCUCAUCAGUGCAGCUUGUGAACUGUUGUCCAAUUGCAUGAAAUAGAAAGCAGAUGUGGGAUGUGUAAGAUCAGAGACAAACGCUACUUAACCCUAACAGUCCUCAAUCCUCCAACAGGUGAGGGAUUGAGGACUGUUAGGGUUAACAUACUGUGCGAAAUUCCAUAGGGUUCCCUUAGGGGUGUGGCUCAUUCGCAUAUGGAGAUAGGUCAAUUACAGUAGUGGUUGAAAGUUUACGUUCACUUGGACUAAAAGUUUCUAAUUACAGUUUUUAAGCCUGUGCAAUAUCUUGGCAAACCAUUUCUUUUCUGUCGCAGAUCGGCCAGCACCUUCACUUUAUUUACAUGAACCUGAUAAUGGAGAAAGGAAAUACAGCAAAUAUUCUGAUUGAACAAUCUGUACAAGAAGAACAGUUGUCAGGAUUAGAUAGGUCCUUAAAAAGUAUUAAAAACCUUACCGUCCAAGUUUACACAGACUUUUAACCACAGCUGCAUGUGUAUGUCUCAUGUAGGCAGUUGCCAGUUUGGAAACAGUGCGAAGACAAUCUUUUGCUGUCGUUAUAAAUUAAAUUGAAAUUAAUGCUUGGUCUUGCAAAAUGCAUAGCUUGCUCUGUAAAAUUCCUCCAGUUUUCAAAUCCUUGCCAGAACCCCAUAAUGUGUGAUGGAGAAUUAAAAAAAGGGUGUAUUGGACUUACGUGCUAUUUGA